GAAUCUUUUACCUGAACGGAGCCAAAUGAGCCGACUCUUUUACCUGAACGGAGCCAAAUGAGCCGACUCUUUUACCUGAACGGAGCCAAAUGAGCCGAAUCUGCUCACCGAAAAGACUCGGAAUGCCCAUCACUAGUGGCAAGUGCACUAAACUCAUCUCAAAACAAACCUCCGAGGAAUUAAAAAUGACUCAAUUCAUAGACACAAAGAUGUGGGCUUUGUGCAAGAAAGGAAAGGUUGACAGCCGAGAUGGCCUGGUCCAAAUCAGAAAAAGAGACUUGGAGAGAUUGACUACAGAGGUCAUGCAGCUCCGAGAGUUCUUACCCAAAGUAGUGAAUGGAGACCUGAUUGAGAUGCUGCAGAAAGCCCGUGCUGCAGAGACAAUGAAGGAGCGCCUUGGUCAGGAGCAGGAGCAACUGAGACAGGAGUGUCUGCACCUCCGCUCUCGCCUGGACGCAGCACAGAGCGAUGAUAUUAAAGAGAGAGUGGAGAAGCUGGUUCUGAGGGAGCAGCUAUGGGAGAGUCGGGAGCAGCUGCAGCAGCAGGCUGAGUUCUGUAGGGCUGGGGCUGCCUCCUGCACCCUGCUGUGGAGCACCUCCAGCAAGGAGGAGGCAGUCAAAGACAUCCUGGCCGAUGGUAAGCUGCAGUCCUUCCUGAGCGUGGCGGGCCAGACCCUGGAGAGCUUUGUCAAGUCUCUGGAUGGGGAGGCCAAGGCCGAGCAGCAAGACUCCAACUCCCAUGAGCAGCAGUUUGUUCUGGCGCUGGCCGGAGUCGUCACCAACGUGGCGGCGGUGACGUGUGGGCGGGACUACCUGUCCAGCUCCGCCCACGUCCUCCUGGAGACUCUGAUGCAGCUGCUGGAGCUCCUGAAGCCUGGGGUCUUCCCCAAACUCAAAGUGUUGAUGCUGAUGGCUCUGUAUAAUGUCAGUAUCAGUGUAAAGGGACUGAAGUAUAUCAGGGAGUUUCCAGGACUUCUUCUCAUCUGGACCCUUUUGGAAGACGGGGACUCUGAGGUUUGCCUCCACGCCCUGCGGCUGCUCCAGUCAGUGCUGCUGGAGGAGGCCCUGGUGGGGCCCGGGCUGCUGCUGGACGACCCCCUUCUUCCACUGGAGCGCAUACGCACGCUGGCCACCUCCAGCCGCCACCCGGCCCUGAGGCAGACGGCCCAGGAGACACUGGAUGACCUGGGCUCCCUCCGCACCUCCUUCCUGGACCCCACGGCACCUCCUCCUCUGACCAAGGUCCAGGGACUUAGUCAGGUUGGUUCCUAUCCCACCACAGCAGAUGUUCCGGACCAGUAG